AUGGAGCUUACUAAAGCUGGUGAGUGGAUUCAAGAAGCAAAUGUUAGCCUCUCCCAUGCCAUUAUAGUUGGUGAUGUACCCUUAAAUGUCACAGAUGACAUUAUUAUGAAAGUGUUGAACACUGUGAAGGUUUUUGGUCGCACUAACAUUCGUGAUCGCCGUGGUGACACUACUGGGCGUAAGUUGUUUAUCCUAAUGGAAACUAGCACUGAUUUAGAGUCUCACACUGUGCCUUCAGAAAUAGGCAUUGAAGGAGAGGCAGGUCCUUGGACUGUGCAUGUUGUUAAACAGCUGAUUCCUGAUUUUCACUCAAAACUGUUGGCACUCCUGCGCCAAGAGGGAAAAACCCUGAGUGAUGUGAAGGCUUUUGUUUCUGACGACCCAUCUCCAACACCUGAUGUAAAUAUGAAUCUAGUGGAGGCUAUUAGUAGGUUAGUUGACAAGUGUUGUCAAGGGCCCACUGAUGGACCUAGUUACAGAAAGUUGAGACUGUUUUCAGGAAUAAAACCUGUUCCAGCAGGUGAAGAGGAAUAUGAUGCCUGGAUGGAGCAGGCAACUCAAAUGAUUAGUGAGUGGCAAUGUAGUGAUGCGAUUAAAAAGCAGCGUAUUGUUGAAAGUUUGAAAGGACCCGCAGCCGACAUUGUCAGAUUUCUAAAGGUUAGUAAUCCUUUGGCUACUGCCACAGACUAUUUGACGGCUUUGGAGACAGCCUAUGGCACAACAGAGAGUGGACCAGAUCUCAUGGCCAAGUUUAGGCACACUUAUCAAGAGGAAAGAGAGAAGCUGUCUGUGUUUUUGUAUCGACUGGAUAAGCUGCUUCAUCGAGCCCUAUUAAAGGGUGGUAUUGAUGCCAAUGGAAUGAACAAAGCUCGGAUGGAGCAGUUGAUUAAAGGUGCACUGCCCAAUGACAUGGUUGCCUUGCGUGUUCGGAUGAGCCACACCCUGCAAGAGCCCCCAUCUUUUUCCCAGCUGAUGAAAGAGGUGCGAGAAGAAGAGGACUGGGUCAGUGCCAGGGAAGGAGUGAGAUCAACAGCAAAAGUGGCAACCUCCACUACUGCAGCAUCUGGAAUUUCUGGAUUGGACAGUUUGAAAGAAGAAGUCAGAGAAUUGUCUUCUCAGGUGUCCAGAUUGUUGAGUGUAGCUAAAGUGGCACCUAGCUCUGACCCACCGAGGACAAACAUAGGUUCUGAUGUCUGA